GAAUUAGUGUUAUUGGUUUCAAUUGCUUCCGCGCAAUUGAAACAACGAUGGUAUGAAGGCUAAAAUGGAUAAAGUUAACGUUGUGAAUAUUCUUUUUUCCGGUCCCGUUCACCCCUUUCUUCUCUUUCUGUAACGCGAAUCCUCUCUUUCUCUCUCUCUGUGAAAAAGACAAAAACCUUGGAAGUAUCUCAUCCUUCCAUUUCCAUCCUACUCUGCCCUAUCUCCCUUCCCUUCCCUUCCCUUCCCUUAAACACGAUAGGUUUACCCUCAGCCCAUCCCCAGAUCUAACCCCUUUUCUUCUCCCAACCAGAUAAUCCCAUUUAGAGAAACGAAAAAUGUGUCCGGUUCGUUCAGAUCCCAUCCACAGAUUCCACUCCCUGCCACUCGAUCACUUCGACCGUCUUCCCGACUCUCUCCUUCUUUUAAUCUUCAACAAGAUCGGCGACGUUAAAGCUCUCGGCCGAUGCUGCCUUGUCUCCCGUCGUUUCCAUUCCCUCGUCCCUCAAGUUGAUAACGUUCUCGUUCGUGUCGAUUGUGUCAUCUCCGACGACGAUUCUUCCCCCUCGUCCUCAUCCUCCGACAAGUCACGUCCCGCCGGUCCCUUCUCCAACCUCUUGCGUCUCGUCUUCGGAUGCAUUGUUAAACCCCUUCAAGCUUUGGGUCAAUUCCUCGGCCCUAAACGCUCCCUUCUCAAUGAAACGGUUAACGCCCCUUCCUCUUCCUCAUCCGUCGGUGGCGGCGCUGAUGAUGAUGAUGCCGAAAUGGGCCAAGCUGGUGUCACCCACCAUUCCCCUACUCAAGUGCUUAGAAAUUUCAACGAGAUUCGUUUCCUCCGAAUCGAAUUACCCAGCGGCGAGUUAGGAAUUGACGAUGGAGUUCUGUUGAAAUGGAGAGCAGAUUUCGGAUCAACCCUUGAUAACUGCAUCAUCCUUGGAGCUGCCUCCGUUAUUAAUGACGUGCAUUCGCAAGUAUCGGAGUAUGGCAACGAUGGGUUUUGCAGCAACAAUAGCAUUACCGGCAACGGUGAUGAUAAUGGGAGUAUUCCAGAGUCGUUUUAUACCAAUGGAGGCUUGAAAUUAAGGGUUGUUUGGACGAUUAGUUCGUUAAUCGCAGCAUCAGCAAGGCAUUACUUACUUCAACCGAUAAUUGCGGAGCAUAGGACGCUGGAUACCUUGGUUUUAACCGAUGCGGAUGGACAAGGGGCGCUUCGUAUGAACAGGGAUCAGCUUGAGGAGUUGAGAGUCAAGCCAUUAUCGGCUUCUUCAGCUUCCAAAAGGACGCAGGUGCCGGCAUUGAAUAUGAGGCUUUGGUAUGCCCCUCAUUUGGAAUUGCCUAACGGGGUUGUAUUAAAAGGUGCUACUUUAGUUGCAAUUAGGCCCAGUGAGCAAUCUGCUUCUAGAAAAGAGGUCUCCGAUGCUUCUUGGUUAUCAACUGCUUUCGAAGAGCCUUAUGGGACUGCUGCGAAGAUGCUGAUUAAGAGAAGGACGUAUUGUUUGGAGAUGAACUCCUUUUGAUAUCCUGCAACGGGAGAGCAGUCAAGCACAAUGGUCAAGGGGAAGAAGAUAGCAUGCUUUUUGAAAGCUGAUGACCAAACAACAAUUUUGUUACAUGUUGUAGCUUAAUCUCGGUGCUGUGUCCCAUGGAAGCAAAACCUUGCUUGGGACCACCAGUGAAAGCAAUCCAUGAAUGUUGAUAAUGUACUGCAAGGGUUUCGGCUUUUGUGCUUCAACUGAUAGCCUAAUGCACUUGCUGCUUGUUUUUAUUUCCGGCAUAUGCUUGUACGAGUGCACACCUGUGAUCAGAUUGAUGUUGUAAGAGCUUUGAAUUUGUAGCCCUUUUAACUCUGAUCCCUCUUUUAUGUGUAUAUUGUAGGUAUGAAGAUGUGAUGCUUUAUGUUAUAUGCUUAUGAAGUUCAUAAAGAAAUGUAGUUUGCAACUUAGCUUUUAGCUUUCGUUGGAUAAACUUAUUGUAAUUUUUUCAAAGUUAAUGGAUACUUUAUGGUCACAAUCUUGGCAAAUUCAGUUUAAGCAGAUGCUGCAGACGCCUGGUAGAGGUUGGAACUUGGAUGUUGCUGCGGCUGUUAUUCCAUUACAUUAGUUGUGAUACAAAUCCAGGUGAUGAUAAAUCGAUAUGUGCCACUUUGAACAACUUAGGUGGUGAAAGGGAUCUUGGUGUGGUAUUAGUCGAACUGGAUUUUUGAGUCUUGUAUAUUGUUUAGCUCAUUAUGUGUUUAAAAGUGAAUUCAAUUUGCAAUAUAUAAAGUGUGCAUUUUGAUCGA